GUAAUAUUAGCCUUAUAUGUUGCCUAGGUGUCCUUUAGAAAAUAUCGCCUGCUGCUGUUUCUCAAACAGUUGCUCUCCCUUUUGCAAAUGAAUUACAAAUAAUAGACUCCCUGUUUCUCAAGUGAAAAAAAUUUAUUCUGCUGAAGGAAUGAUUUGAAAGAUCUGGACUCACUCCCUCUUUGGUUCUGCAUUUUGAUGGGAUAACAGUAUUUUGACAAGUACUAGAUAAGAGACAUUUGUAGGCCACCAGUGUUUAUCUUAAAUCCUAUUGUUCUUUCUCUUUUACUCUUUUCCCUUUCUUUGAUUUCAUUCUACUAAACGAAAGAGUGAAAAAAGUGUGGUAUACUUGUUAAGAGUGUUGGACUGUGUCUUGCAAAAAUCGUAUUUUAAUCCCACUUAUGAAACUAAGUUGGUGACUUUGGACCAGUCUCUUUAACCUGGCUGUUCAGCAGUGGAACUCCCUGUCUUGGAGCGUAGUGGAGGCUCCUUUUUUGGAAGCUUUUAAACAGAGGCUUGAUGACCAUCUGUGGGGGUGCUUUGAUUGUGGUUUUCCUGCAUGGCAGGAGGUUGGACUAUAUGGCCCAUGUGCUGGUCUCUUCCAACUCUGCUUUUAUGAUUCUGUGACUCAACCCGACUCUUGGGUGUUGGGAGUGUGCAACUGGAGGAAUGGCCAAAUUUAUUUAUUAUUUAUAGUAUUACAGUAUUUAUAUUCUGCCCUUCUCACCCCAAAGGGGAUUCAGGGUGGAUCACAGAACUCAUAUAUAGCAAAUAUUCAAUGCCAAUUAUAACAAUGACAAGACAGACAACAGAUAGAGGUACAGUAGAGUUCCAGUUAUCCGUCAUAAAGGGGCGGGUCAAAUGACGGAUAACCGGAACUGUUGGAUAAUAGGGUGGCCCUAUUAUCCAAGCCUCUCCACACUCCAAGCCAGGUGCAUGACAGGGAGGGAAGGGACACUUCUCUCCGUGCCAAGCCACAGGUUUCCUCCCUUGCUGUAAUGGAGGAAGCCUGGGGCUUGUCAGGGAGGGAAGGGACACUUCUCUCCCUGCCAACCCCAGGGCUUCCUCCCUUGCUUGUCCGGGAGGGAAGGGACAAUUCUCUCCCUGCCAAGCCACGGGCUUCCUCCCUUGCUGCAACAGAGGAAGCCCGGGGCUUGUCAGGGAAGAAUGGACGCUUCUCUCCGUUCCAAGCCCUGGGCUUUUUUCCUUCCUACAAUGGAGGAAGCCCGGAGCUUGUCAGGGAGGGAAGAGACGUUUCUCUCCCUGACAAGUCCCGGGAUUCCUCCAUUGCAGCAAAGGAGGAAACCUGGGGCUUGUCAGGGAGAGAAGCGCCCCUUCCCUCCCUGCCAAGCCCUGGGCUUCUUCCAUUGCAGCAACGGAAGGGAGUGCUGCUGAGUCGGAGGAAGCUCAAGAGAGCGAGAGGGAGGAGGACUUUAUCUCUCUCUUCCUCAGGCUACCCCAGAAAGAUGCAAAGGCAUGGAGGAGGUGGGGCAUGGAGGAGGUGGGGCAUGGAGGAGGUGGGGGCAGACGCAGCAGCAGAGGCAGCCAUGAGUGCGGCGGCGGCGGCUUCCUCCCGUGCCUCCUCGCACACUCCAGGCCCUCUUCUGCAUGGAGCCCGCCCUGCUCUCCACCACCUCGGCGCAGCUGCUGGGAGCCUCGAGCUCAAAGGUGUAAAUGUUGGGGACAGAUGGAAAGAAGUAAACCAGCUGACAAAGAAGCAUGUGAAAGACCACAUUCUGAUUUUCAAUGAUGCUCAUUUCAUGAUGUCAUCUUUAGGAGCAAAGGAUCACCAAACUACUCGUGAACUUUUAACCACCCUUCAAGAGCUGGCCCAGGCGCCUGAUGAAGAUCAUGAGCUAAACUUGGCUCCACAGCUGGGUCUUCCUCUUUUGCAAGCAUUUGUGGAAUUUGAGAAUUGCAAUUAUGAUAAGGCAGUGGAAUUGCUGUAUCCCAUUCGCUACAGAAUUGUUGAAAUAGGAGGGAGCAAUGCCCAAAGAGAUGUGUUUGCACAACUGCUAAUUCAUGCUGCUUUGAACUGUAAAUCUAAAGCUAACCAAAAGCUUGCUAGGUGCCUUCUUAUUGAACGCGAUGAACUGAGACCAAAUUCACCGUUAACUGAGCGGCUGAUGCGGAAAACCACCGCUCUUCAUGCCCUGGGAUGAACUUUGUAAUCGAGAUCAAUAUAUUUCUAAUUAACAUCUAUUAUAGCAACAAGUAAUUCGCACUGUGGAAACAAUUUUACCUAAAUCCAAAACAGCCAAGAUUUUCAGAACUCUACAGUUCAAGAUUAGUAUUUUUAUUCCACUUUGCUUUUGUGAAUGACUAGGGACCCAGUGGGGGCUGGGAAUGAGCAGUGUGAUUAUCUUUAAAAAAAUAAUAGAAAUCUUUAUUCCAAGGAGUUGCAGUAAUUACUUGAUGACAGGACAAUGGAGUCAUGGAAGUUUAUGCUGAAUAAAACAUAUGGACCCAAUUGUUUGGGAAUCUAAAAUAUAAA